AUGUCCAAACGAUACUUGGAUGAUGUGUUAUCACCUGACACUGGAACUAGCGAUAGUGACUCUUCUAUCGAAAAUCUAAAUGCUGAUAAUUAUAGAAUAGACAUCGUUAAUGACAAUGCAAGACGCGAUGACAUUGAUAGAAUACAGAGUUCAAAUCUUAACCAUGAGCCGCCGUAUAAUCUAGAAGGUGUAUUUGCAAUAGAUGAUGACGAACAUGGUGACGAAAUGGUACGAAAGGACUCAGAUCGCAGGCAGGACAUAACAGAAGAUAAUGAUGAUUCUUUCGUUCCCGAUAUAACUACACCUCCAAGAGAACGCAAGCGCGUACGAUUCGGCAUCAAUGAAAAGGGUGGCGAUGAAGAAUUCAAUAAUGUCAGCCCAUGGGAUUUCAAGCGGCUGAUACGGAAGUUUUACAAAGAACAGUUGCCAGAUACAUACCAGAUAAGAAAUUGGAAAAGACCUUCAAAGGAUAUGUUAACCAAUUUCAUCGAUUUGAUUGAAAACAAUAUAGAAUUGGCCUCUGAGGAAGUAUUCAAGCAAUACCACCAAGAAUUGAAUCAAUUAUAUCCUGAUAGCGAAGAACAGGCUAAGUUGAAGGAUAGCCUUGAGAAUAAAGUUUUCGAUACCACAUAUAAUAUAAAGAAGAGGUUAAAGAGGACAAAAGUACCAUCAAAAAUCUGGGUGGAUAACUUGAAUAUGGAAUAUAUCUAUGCGAAAGGUGAAUCAAUCAAGAAAAGAUACAAGUCAGAAUUGGACAGAGCUGAGGCAAUUGAGAGGCAAUUGAUUAGAGAAGAAGAACAUCUAAAAUCUCUGCAAGAAAAAGGUGAAACUCAGGCCAAAAAACGAAAACAAGUCUUGAGUAAGGAAUUAUCCGAGCUUUCAAAAACCAUGCAUCCAUCAUUAUCAGUAGCGUUGUCGAACACUUUUGGUUUGAUAAAAGACGAUAAAAUGUCAAACGAGAUCUAUCAGCAAGAUAAAAUAGAUUUCAAUCUAAAACUUAAGACUGAUUUCUCAAAACCUCUCAUAUCUGAAAAGGAAGAGAACUCCCUUAACGGUUUAACGAAUGCAAUGGAUAAUAAUAGAGAACUUGUUAAUGAAAUCUUUGGGAAAAUAUCGGCCCUUUUACAACCAAAAAAGAACAGCAAUGAGUAG